AUGAGUCAGGAUUUGAUCUCUGUCACUGUUCUCCAUCUCCCAGGUCUGUUCAGAGCAGCUGUACCCAGUGGCGCCUCCACUGGUAUCUAUGAAGCCCUGGAGCUCAGGGACAACGACAAGUCACGCUACCUUGGGAAAGGUGUGUAUCUGGGCUUAAUAUAGUGUAACUUCAUUAUACUGUAUGAUUAUGAUGGCAAUCAGAGAGGUCUCUAUAAACUUGCCAUCUGCAAUCUUUACACGGUCUUCCUUCCUUUUUAUACUCUUCCUCUGUCAGGUGUAAAAAGGUCUGUUAAGUUGGUGAGUUUGCUCCAAUUGUGUGUAAACCCUGGAUUGUUGAUGCUAUGUAUUGGCCAAUGAGUCUUUAAAGCCACUGGCCGCCAUAUUGGUUUUCCUCAGAAGGAGCAGUCCUCCAUAGGAAUGAGUGGAAUUCUACAGUAUUUCAAUAAAAUAUUUCAAGGACAAAAUUACAAGUAUUUGUUGUAGUUGAGAGUGUAAGAUUAGUACUCAAAAAAAAUAUAUAUAUAUAUAUUUGGAAUAUAUUUUGGUAAAUAUUUGUUAUCAAAUUCUUCAUGUUUAGUUCACAUAAUAUACUUUUUAAGUAUACGUUAAGCCUGCAGUGGAAUAUUUCCCCAUUUUCUUCCACCUACUCAUUCAAUGGUUUCUUUGUUUUUACAUUGUAGAAUAAUAGUGAAGACAACAAAACUAUGAAAUAACACAUAUGGAAUCAUGUAGUAACCAAAAAAAGUGUUAAACAAAUCAAAAUAUAUUUGAGAUUCUUCAAAUAGCCACCCUUUGCCUUGAUGACAGCUUUGCACACUCUUAGCAUUCUCUCAACCAGCUUCACCUGGAAUGCUUUUCCAACAGUCUUGAAGGAGUUCCCACAUAUGCUUAGCACUUUUUGGCUGCUUUUCCUUCACCCUGCUGUCCGACUCAUCCCAAACCAUCUCAAUUGGGUUGAGGUCAGGUGAUUGUGGAGGCCAGGUCAUCUGAUGCAGCACCAUCACUCUCAUUUUUGGUCAAAUAGCCCUUACACAGCCUGGAGGUGUGUUGGGUCAUUGUCCUGUUGAAAAACAAAUGAUAGUCCCACUAAGCACAAACCAGAUGGGAUGGCGUAUUGCUGCAUAAUGCUGUGGUAGCCAUGCUGGUUAAGUGUUUUUUGAAUUCUAAAUAAAUCACAGACAGUGUCACCAGCAAAGCACCAUAACACCACCUCCUCCAUGCUUUACGGUGGGAACUACACAUGUGGAGAUUUUCCGUUCACCCACACCGCGUCUCACAAAGCUACGGCGGUUGGAACCAAAAAUCUCAAAUUUGGACUCCAGACCAAAGGACACAUUUCCACCGGUCUAAUGUCCAUUGCUCAUGUUUCUUGGCCCAAGCAGGUCUCUUCUUCUUAUUGGUGUCCUUUUAGUAGUGGUUUCUUUGCAGAAAUUCGACCAUGAAGGCCUGACUCACACAGUCCCCUCUGAACAGUUGAUGUUGAGAUGUGUCUGUGACUUGAACUCUGUGAAGCAUUUAUUUGGGCUGCAAUUUCUGAGGCUGGUAACUCUAAUGAACUUAUCCUCUGCAACAGAGGUAACUCUGGGUCUUCCAUUCCUGUGGUGGUCCUCAUGAGAGCCAGUUUCAUCAUAGCGCUUGAUGGUUUUUGCGACUGCACUUGAAGAAGUUCUUAAUUUUCUUUAUUGACUGACCUUCAUGUCUUAAAGUAAUGAUGGACUGUCGUUUCUCUUUGUUUAUUUGAGCUGUUCUUGCCAUAAUAUGGACUUGGUCUUUUACCAAAUAGGGCUGUCUUCUGUAUACCCCCCUACCUUGUCACAACUCCACUAGUUAACUUUUAACAAGGCACACCUGUUAAUUGAAAUGCAUUCCAGGUAACUACCUCAUGAAGCUGGUUGAGAGAAUGCCAAGAGUGUGCAAAGUUGUCAUCAAGGCAAAGGGUGGCUAUUUGAAGAAUCUCAAAUAUAAAAUAUAUUUUGAUUUGUUUAACACUUUUUUUGGUUACUACAUGAUUCCAUAUGUGUUAUUUCAUAGUUUUGAUGUCUUCACUAUUAUUCUACAAUGUAAAAAUAAAGAAACCCUUGAAUGAGUAGGUGUGUCCAAACUUUUGACUGGUAGUGUGACUUUCGUCUUAUGACUUUGGAAAUGGAAAGCAGAUAGAUCUGUCUCAACUACUGUACUCAUCCCUGUGCAUGAAGUCAACACUUUGUCACAGUAUUGGUUGCAUGAUUCGCCAAGCUUGAUAGCAAGAAAGCUAAAAAACCUAUUGGCUUAUUAGUGCUCUGACUGUUUUGAGGACCAUUUGUUUUAGUUUUAAAAUGCGUCUGAAAAAGCAUACUGGGUUGUUGUUGCUUGAAUUGUUUGUUUCCAAAUCCCCCAUCUCUCUGUGUUUCUUAGUCAGUAAUGUUUCCUUGCCCUUUCAGGUGUUUCACAAGCAGUGGACCACAUUAACUCUACACUUGCACCUGCACUCGUUGGGCAGGUAGGAACAUAUAAUACUUUUUAAAAAGUUGAUGUUACUACUAGUACAUGACAUGGAAUGUUGUCUUCGCUUGUCUUGAGGUUUCCCACCCUGGUAAAGAUACAGGUCUAGUGUUCCGUCCACUUCCACAUACUCCUAGUUAAUGCAGCCCUAGUUCCUCAGUUUAAAUGCAAUGUGCUAAACCCUCAUUUUCUUUCUUCAUCUCAGGAUGUAUCUGUGGUUGAGCAGGAGAAAAUCGAUCAGAUCAUGCUUGACAUGGAUGGCACAGAGAACAAGUGUAAGUUGUUUCAGAUUAGAAUACAUCAGAGGACCUGUUUUCUUAUGUUUUACCUAGUUUAGUUGAAUGCACUGACUGUAAGCCACUCUGAAUGACAGCGUCUGCUAAAUGACCGUAAAUAUUUGCCCCAUAUGGAAGUUAAUCUUUUUGAUCAAUUUCACUUAUUUAUUUUUGACACAUAUCAGCCAAGUUUGGUGCCAAUGCCAUCCUGGGUAUUUCCCUGGCGGUGUGUAAGGCUGGUGCAGCUGAGAAAGGCGUCCCCCUGUACCGUCACAUCGCUGACCUCGCUGGGAACCCAGAGGUCAUCCUGCCCGUACCGGUGAGCACAGGGCAUAUUUUACUCUUACUUAAUAUCAAAGUGCGCUCACACAUGCCUUCUUGUCUUACAGCUUGUUGUGUAGUUACAUUUCUCCACCUAGGUCUCUCGUCAAAAAAAAGAAGAUCUUAAGGGAUAAAAAAAAAAGUGACACUUUAUUUAAUGAAAUGUAAUUUUUUUAAAUGAUGGAUUUCUGAUUUCCUAGGCCUUCAACGUGAUCAACGGUGGAUCUCACGCAGGAAACAAGCUGGCCAUGCAGGAAUUCAUGAUCCUGCCGGUGGGUGCCAGCACCUUCAAGGAGGCCAUGCGUAUCGGGGCCGAGGUCUACCACAACCUGAAGAAUGUCAUUAAGAAGAAGUACGGCCAGGACGCCACCAAUGUGGGAGACGAGGGGGGCUUCGCUCCUAACAUCCUGGAGAACAAGGAAGGUACGAGAGCGAAGGGAUCAGAUGGUUUUAUUUUCAGCACAUAACAAACUAUAUUUUACUAUAUUGUGAUACUUGAUUGGAUUCAGCUCUUUACAUUGUAAGGGGAAAAACUCACCUCAUCCACCACUGUGUAGUACCCAGAUGAUCACAAGGUGCUGCCAAUAUCUAAUGAACCAUAUUCAAACAAAUGUACACCUCUACUUAAUUUUCCAUAGCUCUGGAGCUGAUCAAAGAGGCCAUCAGCAAAGCAGGAUACACAGAACAGGUGGUGAUCGGCAUGGAUGUGGCAGCCUCUGAGUUCUACAGGGACGGGAAAUACGACUUAGACUUCAAGUCUCCUGAUGACCCAGAGCGUUACAUCACUCCUGAUGAGCUGGCUGACCUCUACAAGAGCUUCUGCAAGGAUUACCCAGGUGUGUGUCCUGUCCUCUCUUGUUGACAUAUUAGUAAUUCCUUGAUAAUUGUUUUAAAUGUAUGUAAUGUUGUCUCUGGCUGGAGCUGCUUUAUAUGUAUUUUAAUUCUCAUAAUUCAAUAAUUGUACACUAAUGGAGAUGGGCACUGUGUUUAAUAUUAUGGUUCAAAUACCAAUGGUAGGACUGCUCUGAGUUGGCAAUUGAAAUUAAAUAAAGUUACGCACAUAAAGUGAUCAAUUGUCUUUUAUUCUAUGGUUGUCUACUCUGUAAGGUACAGGACCAUGACUUUACUCUCUGUAUGUGAUCACUGAUGAUCAAUGUCCCCUCUUUGACAGUGGUGUCCAUUGAGGACCCCUUUGACCAGGAUGACUGGGAGGCGUGGUCCAACUUCACCGGCAGCACAGAGAUCCAAGUGGUGGGUGAUGACCUCACAGUGACCAACCCCAAACGCAUCACCAAGGCCGUGGAGGACAAGGCCUGCAACUGCCUGCUGCUGAAGGUCAAUCAGAUCGGCUCUGUGACCGAGUCUCUGGCCGCGUAAGUUUCAACCUCCCUUUACUCCAUAAUGACUUCUACAAGAGGAACUCCAGCCUCUGUUAUUUUCUGCCUUUUCUGAGAUUUGAGUUGACGUAAUUAUACUAUAAAUAUGCAUUACAUUCAUGAUCUAUUCAUGAAACUGUCAACAAACCGGGAUGCGUCUCAUAUGUGAGUCAAGGCAAGUCAAACAGCCUGACAGUUGCAAGUCUAACAUAAGCCUCACAUUAUGUAAUUUUCCAACUGUGUGAAAAUGUCUAACUACCUAAUGACUCCUCUCUUCCCACUGUCCAGGUGCAAGAUGGCUCAGUCCAGUGGCUGGGGAGUGAUGGUCAGCCAUCGCUCUGGGGAGACGGAGGACACCUUCAUUGCUGAUCUGGUGGUGGGCCUAUGCACUGGACAGGUAAGGGGCUUCCCAAAGGAAAUACUGUUCGUAUUCAACUGUAUAUGACAACUCCUGAAUUUGUAUGUAAUAUUUAAAUGUUUUAUUAUAUAGUCGUAUUAUUGUAUUUUUAUUGCUGUUGAAGUAAUGUUGCCUCUGUCUGUUCAUCUCCAGAUUAAGACUGGGGCUCCUUGCCGCUCUGAGCGUCUGGCCAAGUACAACCAGAUUCUCAGGUGUGGGUUCAUGUCCUUUACAGCCUAAUCAAUGUCGUGAUGCUUAUAAUUUUUGUUCUGCUACAAAGGCUUUCUUGUUGAGCAUGGUUUUUAACUAUGUAAUCCUGCAUGGCAUCAUAACAAUUGUACGAAAGAAGUAUGUUUUAUUGAAUAUUGCUUUGUAGUGCUAACCCCCCCCCCCCCCCCCAUGUAUUUUCUGUUCACUCUCAGAAUUGAAGAGGAAUUAGGAGACAAGGCUGUCUUUGCUGGGAAGAACUUCAGGAACCCCCUGGCUUAACUGAGUGCAAUGGGAACAUACUCCUGGGCAUAUACACAGGCACACACAUAACGGUUUAGCAAGCAUUCUAAUGAUUACUUACAAACCCUAAAGAAGCUUACUGAAAACAAUCUAAAAGGGUUACAUACACAUAACGAGGUAGCUAGAAAGACUCAUUCAAAAUUCCAGUCCAAUACUAUAGGUUAUUACAUACAUUCCCUAGUCUACCUACAUUCCGCUGCCCUAGAUUAACAAAUUGCCUGUGAGUUGCAAUGAAUGUCUUCCACCUGAAAAUCUAUUCCAAUAUACAGUAAAAUAAUUAUAUUUAUGAAUAAUCAAUGCAAUGGAUUGUGAAAUUACGAAAGCUGCAGCCUACCUGUGGCCGUAGAUAUAGUGAAUAAACCUAUUUUCUUGAAAGGGAGCCAUUUGUCAUUAUUCUCAGCAGGA